UUUCAGAAUAAUGACUCUUCUACUACCACGUCGCCGAUUUUCGGCACUUCUUGACCACAUCAAGAACUGGACAAGCUCCAUUAGAGCUGACAAACAAUACCGAAGCUUUUCCACCGGAGACCUCGUCAGCCCAUCUCAGCCAUCUGCCUUUGAGCCAGACUUCAUGGAAAUGGAAUUCGGUGCCACUCCAACCACAAGCUCGCUUCCAUCUCACUUUGAUGACAAUGAUCUUGUCCCAGUCGAGUUCAAAAAGUCUGGAGUUAAGCUCAUUCCACAAGGCACACGAAAAGCCGAAAAAGCGAAGAAAUUCGGCAGCUUCGAAGAGCUCUCAAAAGUGAAGCUCGAGGACAUUCACCGAGCACAAAGCUGGUUUUUCGUCGACGUCGAUCCGAAGUCAGCUGAGCGGAUUUUAAUGUCGAACGGAUUUUCGGAUUCCUCGUUUCUCAUCAGCUUUUUCCGUCAAAAAUAUGUGCUGUCGAUUUGGAGAAAGACGAAAGUCGAGCACUUGGUGAUUAGGAAUUAUCAGAAGAAGAACGGAACGAUGGCUUUUCAGCUGGACAUUGACAGAAGUUUUAAAAACCUCGUCGAAUUGACCGAAUACUACACCAAGAACAAGAGCUACGUCCUCUGCACCAAACUAUCCAAAGGAGUUUCUCGCCCACGCAGAAAUCCAGACACCAGAACUCGAGCAUAGAAGCUUCAACGUCUUCUACACUGACCUUUUAUCUGUAUUUACUUCUUGCUACUGUAGCCCACAUUCCUACAGUAAUCUUUCCCCAAAUUUUUGUGUGUGUGUGUUCGUUGCACGGGUUAUACCACAUUUACCAAAUCUCAUUUGAAUCCAAUUCAAUUGUUGUUCACAAUAGUAUUUAUUCGUGUAGAAAAUACAGAAAAUACAAACUUAUUCUCAAAGAAAAUUAAUAAACCAGUUCAAUGUCUUU